AUGGGCUGCGGCGCUUGUCGUGCAGCUGGCGCCCAUGCGCCUUACAGGCAGGAGGAAGUUGGGUACAGCCCGUCAAACCUGCCAAAAGGGCUCUGGAAGGAGUCUCGAGAUGACCGUUCAGCGCACUUCACCAACGUUGUGGCAAACUCGAGGCCAAAGCCGACCAUCAGAAACGGUUGGACGGCCGAUGAAAGACCAGGCAGAGCCCGAAGCAGCGACCCACGAAGUGGGGGCUACACUCUUGGCAUUGUCUUGCGCGACGGCCAACUUGACGAGAGCAGGAUUCCAGACACGAUACUGCAGCUGAUGUCCAAGAAGGCACCAAAGGACAGGAGGAAAGUGGCGCGGCAUGCGUCUACAUCACCACCGCGACGACGAUCAAACAUGCAAGAGGGCCUCCAAGCUGAAGCCAAGGUGUGCAAAGCCGCCGCACUGGGCGGCCCAGCACGAGAGACGUCUGCUUUUAUUUACCCCGGAAAGAUGCAGGAGGACGAGUCCUCGAGGUCCACGCUCGCUCCUUGA